GGCGCUCUCGGCUUCUUCUUUUUUUUUUUUUUUUUUUUUUUUUUAAUCUCCGCACCAAGCGCUUAACCUCAUUGGGGUGGAGGAGAAGGCGGCGGCUGUCUGGUCCGCAGCGGCAACAGUAGCGAAUAAUACGGCUAAUGGACUGCUGAAUUAUGAAGAAUUUCAGACCCAAGAGUAGAACCUCGCUCUGCCACUCACUCCUUUAUCUCCUGCUAGUUAUUUAAAUUGGACUUUUAAUAUCCUACCAGCUGCUCUUCAGACACACAUGGUGCAUUGUUGCCAUUCCCCGGAUUGCAUCUUUGAAACACAGGCUCUUAGUAACCCUCAGCGAACAAAGAGGCAACCUCCCGGGUACGUUUACUGGGAGGGUGUCACCCUGACUGCCCUCUAGCUUCUGCUGGAUCUGGAUUUGAAUUCCACCAUGGAGCCUCGCAUGGAGUCCUGCCUGGCACAGGUGUUGCAGAAGGAUGUGGGGAAACGACUGCAGGUUGGCCAAGAACUUAUAGACUAUUUCUCAGACAAACAGAAGUCUGCUGACCUUGAGCAUGACCAGACCAUGUUAGAUAAACUUGUGGAUGGGCUCGCUACCUCUUGGGUGAACUCUAGCAAUUACAAGGUGGUUCUUCUCGGCAUGGACAUCCUGUCUGCGCUGGUCACCCGGCUGCAGGAUCGGUUCAAGGCGCAGAUUGGCACAGUGUUGCCAAGUUUAAUAGACAGACUGGGAGAUGCUAAAGACUCUGUGCGAGAGCAAGACCAGACUCUGCUGCUGAAGAUAAUGGAUCAAGCUGCUAAUCCCCAGUAUGUGUGGGACCGGAUGCUGGGAGGCUUCAAGCACAAGAAUUUCCGGACUCGGGAAGGCACGUGCCUCUGCCUUGUUGCCACACUCAAUGCCUCUGGAGCACACACUUUAACACUAAGCAAGAUUGUGCCACAUAUAUGUAACUUACUUGGAGACCCCAACAGCCAGGUUCGAGAUGCAGCAAUAAACAGCUUAGUGGAAAUUUACAGACAUGUAGGAGAACGUGUGAGGGCAGAUCUCAGUAAAAAAGGAUUACCACAGUCCCGGUUGAAUGUAAUUUUUACAAAAUUUGAUGAAGUCCAAAAAUCUGGAAACAUGAUCCAAUCAGCAAACGAUAAAAAUUUUGAUGAUGAAGAUUCUGUGGAUGGUAAUAGACCUUCCUCUGCUAGUUCUACAUCAUCCAAAGCUCCACCCAGCUCAAGGAGAAAUGUUGGAAUGGGGACCACCCGCCGGCUUGGUUCCUCCUCUCUUGGAUCCAAGUCUUCAGCUGCAAAAGAAGGAGCUGGUGCUGUUGAUGAAGAGGACUUUAUUAAAGCAUUUGAUGACGUACCUGUAGUACAGAUUUAUUCCAGCCGAGACCUGGAGGAGUCCAUAAACAAGAUUAGGGAAAUAUUAUCUGAUGACAAGCAUGAUUGGGAGCAAAGAGUAAAUGCUCUGAAAAAGAUCAGAUCUUUACUUUUGGCUGGUGCCGCCGAGUACGAUAACUUCUUUCAACAUCUGCGUCUUUUGGACGGAGCCUUUAAACUAUCUGCUAAGGACCUGCGGUCUCAGGUAGUGCGGGAAGCUUGCAUCACAUUGGGGCAUCUGUCAUCAGUUCUGGGAAAUAAAUUUGACCAUGGAGCUGAAGCCAUUAUGCCAACUAUCUUUAAUUUAAUUCCAAACAGUGCCAAAAUUAUGGCCACUUCCGGUGUUGUAGCUGUUAGGUUAAUCAUUCGGCACACACACAUCCCUAGGCUAAUACCUGUCAUAACAAGCAACUGUACCUCUAAGUCUGUCGCAGUUAGAAGGCGCUGUUUUGAAUUUUUAGAUUUACUUUUACAAGAAUGGCAGACACAUUCACUGGAACGACACAUAUCAGUAUUAGCCGAAACAAUAAAGAAGGGAAUACACGAUGCCGAUUCCGAAGCAAGGAUAGAAGCCAGAAAGUGCUACUGGGGUUUCCACAGUCACUUCAGCAGAGAAGCAGAGCAUUUGUACCACACCUUGGAGUCCUCCUACCAGAAAGCCCUGCAGUCCCACCUGAAGAACUCGGACAGCAUCGUGUCUCUGCCGCAGUCCGACCGCUCGUCCUCAAGCUCUCAAGAGAGUCUAAAUCGGCCACUCUCUGCCAAAAGAAGUCCUACUGGGAGCACCACCUCUAGAGCUUCUACGGUCAGCACCAAAUCUGUGUCAACGACCGGGUCCCUCCAGCGGUCUCGAAGCGAUAUUGACGUGAACGCGGCAGCCAGUGCCAAGUCCAAGGUCUCAUCGGCCUCGGGUGCUACGCCUUUCAGCUCUGCAGCGGCCUUGCCUCCGGGGUCCUACGCAUCCUUAGAGUCCAGACACAUGAGGGAAGAUAUGGAGUCCGUAGGCCAUGACUCAGACGGUACUUCCACUAAAGCGGAGGGUCGGAUCCGCACGAGACGGCAGAGCUCCGGGAGUGCCACCAGUGUCGCCACCACACCUGAUAAUCGAGGCCGCAGUCGCGCCAAAGUGGUCUCACAGUCCCAGCGAUCCAGAUCUGCUAAUCCUGCUGGUGCUGGCAGCCGGUCAAGUUCCCCAGGAAAAUUGUUGGGAAGUAGUUAUGGUGGCCUUGCCGGGGGUUCCUCAAGAGGCCCGCCUGUGACUCCCUCUUCAGAGAAACGAAGCAAGAUCCCCAGGAGUCAGGGAUGUAGCCGAGAAACCAGUCCAAACCGGAUAGGAUUAGCACGGAGCAGCCGUAUCCCUCGACCCAGCAUGAGUCAGGGGUGCAGCCGCAAUACCAGCUGUGAGAGCAGCCGCGAUACGAGCCCCGCUCGGGGCUUUCCUCCACUCGCCUCUCGACGUCAUUCCAGGUCCACUAGUGCCCUCUCCACUGCUGAGUCUGUUGGGCAGUCAGACCGGUUUGGGCUUGGCCAGGCAGGAAGAAUACCUGGCUCUGUGAAUGCCAUGCGGGUUUUGAGCACGAGUACAGACCUUGAAGCUGCUGUCGCUGAUGCUUUGCUGUUAGGAGACUCCAGGAGCAAGAAGAAGCCUGUGAGGAGGAGGUAUGAGCCGUACGGGAUGUAUUCUGAUGACGACGCCAACAGCGAUGCCUCAAGCGUUUGCUCUGAGCGCUCGUACGGCUCCAGGAACGGCGGCAUUCCCCACUAUCUGCGGCAGACCGAGGACGUAGCAGAAGUUCUCAACCACUGUGCCAGUUCCAACUGGUCGGAAAGGAAAGAAGGGCUUCUCGGCCUGCAGAACUUGCUGAAGAGCCAAAGAACACUGAGUCGAGUAGAAUUGAAAAGACUGUGUGAGAUCUUCACUCGAAUGUUUGCUGACCCUCACAGCAAGAUUGCUGAUUCAGAACCAGAAUAUGAGGAUAAAGAAGGAAAUUUGUUUCCAUCAGAAGGCUCUUGUACAGUGAGUUUGGAGGUCUCAGUUUAUAUGUUUUUGGAGACUCUGGUGGAUUUUAUAAUAAUUCAUAAGGAUGACUUACAAGACUGGCUUUUUGUUCUUCUCACACAAUUACUUAAGAAAAUGGGGGCAGAUUUACUUGGAUCUGUGCAAGCAAAAGUUCAAAAGGCUCUAGAUGUCACAAGGGACUCCUUUCCAUUUGACCAACAGUUUAACAUUUUGAUGAGAUUCAUUGUGGAUCAAACUCAAACUCCUAACCUCAAGGUCAAAGUUGCAAUCCUGAAGUACAUCGAGUCCCUCGCUAGGCAGAUGGAUCCAACAGAUUUUGUAAACUCUAGUGAGACGAGGCUUGCAGUUUCUAGAAUUAUAACCUGGACGACAGAACCAAAGAGUUCAGACGUGAGAAAGGCAGCACAAAUUGUGCUGAUCUCUCUGUUUGAAUUGAACACUCCCGAAUUUACCAUGUUACUUGGUGCCUUGCCAAAAACCUUCCAGGAUGGUGCCACCAAACUCCUGCAUAACCACCUCAAGAACUCUAGUAACACCAGUGUGGGCUCUCCGAGCAAUACAAUUGGCCGGACUCCCUCCCGACACACCAGCAGCAGGACCAGCCCCCUGACCUCACCCACCAACUGUUCCCACGGGGGCCUGUCUCCCAGUCGGUUAUGGGGUUGGAGUGCCGAUGGGCUAUCGAAGCACCCACCUCCCUUUUCUCAGCCUAACUCCAUUCCCACCGCUCCCUCCCACAAGACUCUCAGGCGCUCUUACUCUCCCAGCAUGCUGGAAUAUGAUACAGAGAACCUGAACUCUGAAGAAAUUUACAGUUCUCUGCGUGGAGUUACAGAAGCCAUUGAAAAGUUUAGUUUUCGAAGCCAAGAGGAUCUGAACGAGCCAAUUAAGCGAGAUGGCAAAAAGGACUGUGACAUUGGGUCCCGCGAUGGUGGAGUUGCGUCGCCUGCCAUGGAGGGCCGGGGAGGCAGUGAUGUGGUGGAAGGAGGCAGAACGGCCCUGGACAACAAGACGUCCCUCCUCAACACCCAGCCCCCCCGCGCCUUCCCUGGGCCGCGGGCGCGAGACUACAAUCCCUACCCCUACUCGGACACCAUCAACGCCUAUGACAAGACAGCCCUGAAGGAGGCCGUGUUCGAUGAUGACAUGGAGCAGCUUCGAGAUGUGCCCAUUGACCAUUCUGACUUGGUGGCUGACCUUCUGAAAGAGCUGUCCAACCACAACGAGCGGGUGGAGGAACGGAAAGGCGCCCUGCUGGAGCUGCUCAAAAUCACCCGGGAAGACAGCCUGGGCGUCUGGGAGGAGCACUUCAAGACCAUUCUGCUCCUGCUGCUGGAGACGCUCGGAGACAAAGACCAUUCCAUCCGAGCACUAGCAUUGAGAGUUCUACGGGAAAUUCUGAGAAACCAGCCCGCAAGAUUUAAGAACUAUGCCGAGCUGACGAUUAUGAAGACUCUGGAAGCCCACAAAGACUCCCAUAAGGAGGUGGUGAGAGCAGCCGAGGAGGCGGCGUCCACGCUGGCCAGCUCCAUCCACCCAGAGCAGUGUAUCAAAGUCCUCUGCCCCAUCAUCCAGACGGCCGACUACCCCAUCAACCUCGCCGCCAUCAAGAUGCAGACCAAAGUCGUCGAGAGGAUCGCCAAGGAGUCCUUGCUGCAGCUCCUCGCCGACAUCAUCCCGGGCUUGCUACAGGGUUAUGACAACACCGAAAGCAGUGUGCGUAAGGCCAGCGUGUUUUGCUUAGUGGCGAUUUAUUCCGUAAUCGGAGAAGAGCUGAAACCUCACCUCGCACAGCUCACGGGGAGCAAGAUGAAGCUACUCAACUUAUACAUAAAGAGGGCCCAAACCACAAACAGCAACAGCAGCUCCUCCUCCGACGUGUCCACACACAGCUAAUGGCAGCGCCAGAGUCUCUUUCUGUCGCCCUAGAAGCAAUCGGUGGUGCCUCUCAGAGACCUUCCCCGCCCCCCGCCCCCCCCAUCGGCUGCCCAGUCAGUACACGGAGGCCCGCAGAUAUUUAUUACAAUCAGUAUUUUGGUCCCUUCCAGCUUUUGUGUAGAAUCUUACUGGUAUUGAAUGUAAAGGAAGCAAGGCCUGUUUUGCAGUCUUCGUACGAAACAAGCGGAAUAAGAAAAGAGCCAUACUUACCCAUGUCUUGUACAGCCUGCUGAGAUCAUAAAACCAUGUGUGUGGGGUGCAGUUUUCGCAAAUCAGAGCUCUCUAGCCAAUA